AUGGCUGGAGUUAUCAAAGGAUCAGAAAUUGAAUUAACUGUUUAUAUUGCCAUCUAUCCUUCAAAUAAUAAGCCUGGGUUCAGAAGAAAAAAAAAAGGAGAAAAUUCUACACCUGCUAUUGAACUUGAACGCAUAAUAGGAUUAACAACAUUGAAACCAACAGCUUUAACCACCGCUCCAUCUCUAGAUCUUGUAGCAUAUGCAGCUGGUGCUGUCGUCACAUUAUAUAAUCAUAAGAAAAACAAACAGAUUGGUUUCUUAUAUGCUUCAUCAGCAACUCUACCAAAUCCUCAAGCCGCAAAUCAAUCAAAUAAUUCUGCUCCUUCGUCAUGGUCUGCCGCCUUUCAAAAUCGUCAUACAAUUGCCGGAGAUGUAAUGGCUAGUCCAUUGGGUACUGGUACUUCUUUGGGUGUAAUAGAUCCCCAGAGUUCAAUAUCCGGAAAUUCAUCAAAUUCUAAAAAAAUACCUGUAAAUAACAAAGCAAAACCAAUAUCCUGUCUUGCCUUUUCACCCGAUGGAGUCUAUUUGGCUGUUGGCGAGAGUGGACAUCAACCACGUAUUUUAAUAUGGGAGGUUCAAACAAAAACUUUAAUUAAUGAAUUAAAAGGUCAUAAAUUUGGCGUGCUAGCACUUAGCUUUUCUCCAAAUAUGAAAUUCAUUGUAUCUUUGGGGUUUCAAUUACUACCAAAGUUCAUACUUUGGCAUUCAAUCGAACUGGUUCUUACAUUGUUACAGCUGGUCUGA